CCGGCCUCGGCUGCACCGCUCUGUAUACUCUCCGGUGAAUCGCUCCCAGUCCCAAGUCCGGAUCGCACCGCGAAGCGUUCAGCCAUGAGCUCCGCUGCAGCCGCCGCCAAUGUCGCCGUCAUCGGAGGCGGAAUAUCCGGCUCCGUGUGCGCGUCGCUCCUCGCCGCGCGGGGCGUGGCCGUGACGCUCUUCGACUCCGGCCGCGGCGCCGGCGGCCGCAUGGCGCAGCGGAGGGAGGUGAUGGAGGAUGGCUCGGAGCUGCGGUUCGACCACGGUGCGCCCUACUUCACCGUCACCAACGGCGAGGUUGCCCGGGUCGUUGGUGGGUGGGAGGCGCGGGGGAUCGUCGCCGAGUGGAAGGCAACGUUCGCGUGCUUCGAUCUGGCCACCGGAAAAUUUACGGACUUCGAGAAGGAGGGAACAGCUAAAAAGUAUGUGGGAGUGCCAGCCAUGAACUCGAUAUGCAAAUCACUCUGUCUAGAGGAUGGUGUGGUGGCCAAAUUUGGUGUCACUGUGGGCAAGAUGGAUUGGCUUCAAGAUCGGAGUUCGUGGUCACUAGCUAGCCUGGAUGGGAAAGAUCUAGGCUAUUUUGAUUAUGUUGUGGCGACAGAUAAGAACAUAGCGUCACCAGCAUUUUCUGGGUUGACUGGAAGACCGCCACCUCUUGAUUUGUCGUCAUUUCCACGCCUGCCUACAGCACUUCAAGAUAUCCCAGUUCGUCCAUGUUUUGCUCUUAUGGUAGCAUUCUCGGAGCCAUUGGCUACGGUACCUGUUCAUGGUUUCUCUUUCAACAAUUCCAAUUCUCUGAGCUGGGCCUUCUGUAACAGCAGUAAGCCAGGGCGUGCUUGCGUACCUCCAAACAGACAAUCUUGGGUGCUGCAUUCGACAACUGAGUACGCUUCCAAGGUAAUAAAUAAUAUUGGUCCACGCAAACCUUCGGCGGAGGCGCUUGCUAAGGUGGCAGAGGAAUUGUUCAGAGAAUUCCAGGCGACUGGAUUAAGCAUUCCACGACCAAUUUUUUUGAAAGCUCACAGAUGGGGUGCUGCCUUCCCAGCCAUUGCAAUUAGUGGAGAUGAUAAGUGCGUUUGGGACAAGAGCACGAACUUGGCAAUUUGUGGAGAUUUCUGUACAAGCCCAAGUGUCGAAGGAGCAGUCCUUAGUGCUACGAGAGGAGUUUCCGAAAUCCUUGAAUGUUUAAGGUGCCCGUCAAGUAUCUAACGUUAUUGUUACCAUCCCCAGGGCCCCUCUCUGUGAUUGGUUGUAUUUAUGCCUGCAUUCUCUUACACAAAUAAACAAUUCAAGCCUUAUUUGGAGGCACAUAUUGUUCGUUUAUGCUAAAUAAGAAAUAAAGUAACAGCAGAAGUUGCAAC